AUGGCGACAUCGAUGCACCUCUCGCGGCUUCGGAAUUGGUUCCUUGCUUCGCCGCCCAUCGAAUUCGCGAUCUCCAGACUCCGGGAGCUGCUGGUUGGGGCGAUCAGACAGGGGCCAGUUCCACAGCAUAUUGCAUUCAUCAUGGAUGGGAACCGGAGGUUCGCCCGGACACACGGGAUCGAGACAGUCGAGGGGCACAACCUAGGCUUCGAGGCGCUUGCUCGGGUUCUCGAGGUAUGCUACCGGAGCGGAGUACAAGUCGUGACCAUCUACGCUUUCAGUAUCGAAAACUUCAAACGCUCGAAAUUCGAGGUGGAUGCUCUGAUGGAGAUGGCCAGGGUCAAAUUGUCACAAAUGGCUCAGCAUGGGGAGAUUCUAGACCGCUAUGGGGCAAAGGUUCGAGUACUUGGUCGAUUGGACUUGCUAAGACCCGACGUGCUUGCUGCAGUGAACCGCGCAGUCGACAUGACGAAGGAUAACGGCGAUCGCGUCCUCAAUAUCUGCUUUCCUUACACAUCGCGUGACGAAAUUACCGGGGCUAUCCGAGAUACAGUAUCGGAGUACAGCCAACCGCUUCGGUCGACUCGCUCGACCCUUCCGCUUCAGCGGACACCAUUCUCAGAGGACCAUAUCGCGCAAAACAUUCGCGCGCGGACAACGAACGGGAAGUUGGACGAUUCCAGCACCGAAUUCGAUUCCGUUUCAGAGUCAUCCACACUCGCGGAAGAUGAUGUCCAGAGAUCCAACCAGCAGAAUGAUGUCUACCAAUCCGAAACUCCUCUGUCAUCUGCCGACACGCUCCAUUUGGCUGAGAAAGCCGCAAAGAACCGCGCCUUGGAGACCACAUCCGAGGCGGACCGUCCUGUGUUCAAGUCCCCCGAGACAAUCACACGCCAAACUCUGACAGACCACUUACUUACGCGCGACUGUCCCCCUCUCGAUCUAAUGAUCCGCACGUCUGGAGUAGAACGUCUUAGUGACUUUAUGCUUUGGCAAUGCCACCAGAACACGGAGAUUGUGUUUCUGGAUGUUCUAUGGCCGGAGUUCGACCUAUGGCAUUUCUUGCCGGUGCUUCUCGGGUGGCAGCGAAGGGUAUCCAAGGCGAAGAAGAACCCAGAUGCUGAAGGAAACUUCGAUGGCGAGUUCCAGGAGUUUGGAGAGGAAAGCAAAGAAGAGCUCGUGGUCAGCUCUGGGAUUAAGGCGAAGAGCUUAUGA